AUGAGAGAGCUCGUCAACAUUCCACUGUUACAGAUUCUCUCCCUGGUCGCCUUCAGCGGAACCGAGAAACUUCCAAAAGCUCCUGUCAUCACCACGCCUCUUGAAACCGUAGAUGCCUUAGUUGAAGAAGUAGCGACUUUCAUGUGUGCCGUGGAAUCCUACCCUCAGCCCGAGAUUUCUUGGACCAGAAACAAAAUCCUCAUUAAACUGUUUGACACCCGCUACAGCAUCCGGGAGAAUGGUCAGCUUCUCACCAUCCUGAGUGUGGAAGACAGUGAUGAUGGCAUCUAUUGCUGCAGCGCCAACAACGGAGUGGGAGGAGCUGUGGAGAGCUGUGGCGCCCUGCAAGUGAAGAUGAAACCUAAGAUAACUCGCCCGCCCAUUAACGUCAAAAUAAUCGAGGGGUUGAAAGCAGUUCUACCAUGUACGACAAUGGGCAACCCCAAGCCGUCCGUCUCCUGGAUCAAGGGGGACAGCGCUCUCAGGGAAAAUUCCCGCAUUGCAGUUCUCGAAUCGGGGAGUUUAAGGAUCCAUAAUGUGCAAAAGGAAGACGCAGGACAGUACCGAUGUGUGGCAAAAAACAGCCUGGGCACAGCUUACUCCAAACUGGUGAAGCUAGAAGUUGAGGAAGACAGUGAGCCCGAGCAGGACGCUAAAGUUUUUGCAAGAAUCCUGCGUGCUCCUGAGUCCCACAAUGUCACCUUUGGUUCCUUUGUAACUCUACGCUGCACAGCAAUAGGUAUCCCCGUCCCUACCAUCAGCUGGAUUGAAAACGGAAAUGCCAUUUCCUCAGGGUCCAUUCAAGAGAGUGUGAAAGACCGGGUGAUUGACUCAAGACUCCAGCUCUUUAUCACCAAGCCAGGACUCUACACAUGUAUAGCUACCAACAAGCACGGAGAGAAGUUCAGUACGGCAAAGGCUGCGGCCACAGUCAGUAUAGUAGAGUGGAGUAAAUCACAGAAAGACAGCAAAGGCUACUGCGCCCAGUACAGAGGGGAGGUGUGUGAUGCAGUCCUGGCCAAGGAUGCCCUGGUCUUUUUCAACACCUCCUACUCAGACCCCGAGGAGACCCAGGAGCUGCUGAUCCACACUGCGUGGAAUGAGUUGAAGACUAUGAGCCCACUCUGCCGGCCGGCUGCCGAGGCUCUGCUGUGUAACCAUCUCUUCCAAGAGUGCAACCCAGGAAUGGUACCUACUCCCAUGCCCAUUUGCAGAGAGUACUGCUUGGCCGUGAAGGAGCUGUUCUGUGCAAAGGAAUGGCUGGCGAUGGAAGGAACGACCCACAGAGGACUCUACCGCUCCGGGAUGCAUCUCCUCCCGGUGCCAGACUGCAGCAGGCUUCCCAGCAUGCACCGGGAUCCCAUGGCCUGCACAAGACUGCCCUAUUUAGAUUAUAAGAAAGAAAACAUAACAACAUUCCCGCCGAUAACGUCCUCCAAGCCGAGUGUGGACAUUCCAAAUCUGCCUUCCUCCACCUCUUCCUUCGCUGUCUCUCCUGCAUACUCCAUGACGGUCAUCAUUGCCAUCAUGUCCAGCUUCGCCCUGUUUGCCCUCCUUACGAUCGCCACCCUUUACUGCUGCCGAAGAAGGAAAGAGUGGAAAAACAAGAAAAGGGAGUCAGCGGCCGUGACCCUCACCACACUGCCUUCCGAGCUUCUGCUGGACAGACUCCAUCCCAACCCCAUGUACCAGAGGAUGCCACUCCUUCUCAAUCCCAAGUUGCUCAGCCUGGAGUAUCCCAGGAAUAACAUUGAGUACGUCAGAGACAUCGGAGAGGGAGCGUUUGGAAGGGUCUUUCAAGCAAGGGCUCCAGGCCUACUUCCUUAUGAACCUUUUACUAUGGUGGCCGUGAAGAUGCUGAAGGAGGAGGCCUCUGCAGACAUGCAAGCAGACUUUCAGAGGGAGGCGGCCCUCAUGGCAGAGUUUGACAACCCAAACAUCGUGAAGCUCUUAGGCGUGUGUGCAGUAGGAAAGCCCAUGUGUCUGCUCUUUGAAUACAUGGCCUAUGGUGACCUCAACGAGUUCCUCCGAAGCAUGGCCCCUCACACCGUGUGCAGCCUCAGUCACAGUGACCUGUCCACAAAGGCUCGGAUGUCCAGCCCUGGUCCUCCACCCUUGUCCUGUGCAGAACAGCUCUGUAUUGCCAGGCAAGUGGCAGCAGGCAUGGCCUACCUGUCAGAGCGCAAGUUUGUCCACCGGGACUUAGCCACCAGGAACUGCCUGGUGGGGGAGAACAUGGUAGUGAAAAUCGCAGACUUUGGCCUCUCCAGGAACAUCUACUCUGCAGACUACUACAAAGCUAAUGAAAACGACGCCAUCCCUAUCCGUUGGAUGCCCCCGGAGUCCAUCUUCUACAACCGUUACACCACAGAGUCGGAUGUGUGGGCUUAUGGUGUGGUCCUCUGGGAGAUCUUCUCCUAUGGCCUGCAGCCAUACUAUGGCAUGGCCCACGAGGAGGUCAUUUACUAUGUGAGAGAUGGCAACAUCCUCUCCUGCCCCGAGAACUGCCCCUUGGAACUGUACAACCUCAUGCGCCUGUGCUGGAGUAAGCUGCCCGCAGACAGACCCAGCUUCUGCAGCAUCCACCGGAUCCUGCAGCGCAUGUGCGAGAGAGUAGAGGGAACGGUGGGCGUCUAGGGUUGACUGUGUUCAAACAACCCAGACAGGCUCUUUUCAGAUGGUGGGCUGGAGGAAUCCUACAGCAGAGGCUGUAGGACCAGAGAGGAAAGGGUUUAAUGUAGAUAUCACAAGCCAGUAGCUUGCUUGCCGCAAGAAACAGAUGGUGAAAAACCCGCAGGUUAGGAGGGUCCCAUUGAAAUAGGAGGUUGGAGAACCAAGCCAGGAAAAUUAAGAGGACCGUAGGUGGCGCUUCACCCUCAAAGGGACAGUUCUGAAUACAUACUGUAUAAUGAGAGUAGCCCGGGUUCCGUUCUUGCAUCACCCCUCAAGCCGUACGUGCAGCUUCAUUUUUUUUUUUCAGUUUCAUUUUUGAAAGAAGACACCCUGUCCGUUGUAAAAACAGUGUGUCUCUGUGUAUUUUGAUGAGGACAGGAAUCUAAAGACAGGAAGCCAUUCUUGCAUCACUCAAGACACACGACCCGUCCUUUGUGUUGCUUUUCUUCUUUCUCGCGUUGAAUGUGCAAGCACAUAUUGGCAUGCUAGAGCUGUGCGUCUAUUUUACUGAUGGGGUUUUAAGGGAUAAGAAGGGGGAAACCUGCAAGCUCUGUGCUGACCACACCUCCUGGCUUCUUUUCUCUGCCUACUCUCCACCAGAAGCCGUUCCUGUGUGCCCUCAGCUUCGAGGUGAUUGGUUCGCCUCACUCCUCCUGUUUUUCUGCAAAAAAUAUUUCGUAACUUACCAAUCUACCUUGCUUUAUGAGAACUAUAUUGACACAUUUUUUUCCUUAAAAUAUCAUAGGCUACAGAUACAUUUUAUUUUUAUCUCUGUCAAGGGUGAUAUUUUUCUUUUCUGUGUGCUCUUGAGUUUGCCAUAUAGUAAUUAUGUUGCCACAGGCCACUUAAUAUUGUAAAAUAUAAGGUAUAAUAUCAGUUAUUGCAAGAUGCUUUGUGGUUCCAAGUUAUUUCACAAGGAAUGUUUUUGUGCAUUCUGACUGGUCUUUUUAGAAGGCAUUUUGAUUGAUGAGUCCUAUGAUUAGCAGAGCACUGUGCAGAAGUUCUGCACAGUGGAUCAAACCACCUUGUUACUUAAUAUGACUUUUUUUUUUAACUUCCUGGACUCAGGUCCCCCAAUGCCUAAGUUUUUCAGUGGAAACCUACACACAUACAUAAGGACAUGUGAAGGUGACUUGUCAUCUGGGUGUGGUUUCAAAGCCUACACCAUAUACCUUGUUACUGUUUUUCUAAGGGUUUUCAAUGACUAGGAAGAAAGCCUAUUUAGUAUUAUCGAUUUAAACCUCUCUAAAUAUCCAAUGGAUGAUGGCAUGUUUGUCUCAGCAUGAGUUUUACUUGCACUUUUGGAUUAUAACCAUUAAGUUAUUUCCUUGGUAGCCGGCUAGAAUGUGGCACAGUGUAGGAACAUGGGUCCAGUACAGCAAUUUGAAAAGCAAGGGAUAUGUUACCAAGUGCAGGAUGAUAGCAAUAAGUCACCAGCAAGUCUGUGAAAGUGUCCAGAUACCCAACACAGCCAAUCACCAGGUUAUUUUGCAUAUGGUAUCAAAAUAUGUCCUCUGGAAUUAGGAUAGAGUAGAAAAGGAAAACUUCCCAUCACUUCACAGUUUAUUAUGAAUUUGUUACAUGUCAUUAUUAUUCUAAGAACUAAUGUAAUGUCUGAUACUAUCUAUGGGUGUUCCAUAAUGUAAUCAAUCUUAGAUUUCUGAACAUGUAGGGUUCUCCUAGUUUCAUCAUCAUAAACAGUAUUAUGAUCACCUGCAUUUGUACACAGCCCUAAAUACCUCUUUAUGGGCAGUCUAAAGAAAGAAAUGUAUAGAUCACAUGACACACACAGUAUUACAACUUUUGCUGUGGAGCCUGGAGAAAUGGCUCAGCAGGGAGCACACACUGCUCUUGCAAAAACUGGAGUUCAUUUCUCAGCACCCACCUUGCAACCACCUGUAAUUCCAGGUCCCAGGGGUUUCUGAGGGCACCAGCACUCAUGGGCACAUACCCACAAUAUACAUAAUUAAAAUAAUAAUAAAAAUAAAAUUUCAUUGUGUAUUGUCACAGUCUCUAGAA